AUGAACAUGAAUGCAUGGAGGAUUUUCAAGUAUUCCAGAAGGAUGGAGAAAAGAGGAGGCGAGAAGUCGUUCUGCGGACUUGAUUUGGAGGCAGUGAGCCAGGUGAUACUCCAUUCGCAAUCGGACAGUCAAGGAAUCAGAAGAGAGCGAUGGCUCCAUAUGUUUACGGAGGGCAUCAGGACGUUGGAGGUGGUCCUUCUAUUGCCUGUGCUGGAGAUAAGGCUCUACAUUCUUUCUGCAGGCGGGCAGGAGCUGGUGACAUUGGAGAGGGUGGAGCUUACUGGUGAGUGGGAUAUUAGAGUUUGUGCGGACAAGAGGGUGCUUAGAUGUAGGUGUGUGGAUCGAAGGUUCCAGAUUGUUUUCUUCAGCAGUAAGGAAAUAGAAGCCUUCGUCAGUAAGCUUGGGAGCCUUUUGAAGCCCUGGGAGAAAAGUAAAAAGCACGUAUCCAUGGCCGAGAGGCUUAGAAACCUUGCUGAAAGUGGGAGGGAGAAAAGUACAGAGAAGAGUCCUGAGCGGAUAGAAAAGGAAAAUGCCAUUGAGGAGUUUUUAUUACUGUUGUUUGGUGCGUCUGAAGGCUAG